UACAAGAUCACAGAGAUUAUACCCGACACCUCAUUAUAUAAUUACUGUUGUGCGUGAAAGUGAACGAGCGGGUGAAAGGAGUGGGUAGUAGAAAAGAAAAUCGUGACAAUGUACAACACCAUAUGUAACAGAGGAGAAGACUAACACAAGAUAAUAACAUAUAACAGUUCUUUCUACUUCGACAUCAUCGUCAUCGCUGUCACCAUCCUCAUUGUCGACGUCAUCUACUUUUUCGUCCUCAGUUAAAUAUUUUUACGCUUCAGCUUCAAAGUAUAUUUUGUUUCCAUUGAAGUGUUAUCAGGACGCUGACGUCUGGUGUCAUACACAGUUGAUACUCACGUGGCAUAGAUAAUCACUGACGUUGACUACCAUGUGACAUGUGACGAAAGUCUCAAACAAUGCGAUGUGUAUCGUUCUUUUUUUUUUGCUCGACACUUCUCCACCUUCCCAGCAUCCAUUGCACACAUGACAGUCUACAUCCUCGCAACUGUUUCACACGGUUAGCACAGAUGGGAGAGAGUGUGAUAUUCAUUGUCUGGAUCAUCACCUUGGCAUCUCACGGUGGACAUGCGGCCAUACGAGUUACCCCAAGUAACAUUGACUUAGAUGACGGACCUCCAUACCACGUUCAAAUUACCUGUGGAAUACCUAGCGGCUCGGAUGUCACAGCUAUGGAGUUUAUACGAAUUUCACGCAACACAACAUCGCAACCAUUGGUAGAACAGGGCCUGGCAUUUGCAUAUUUCUUGAGCAGGAAGAGACCAGGGCAGGCAACCUUGGUUCCGCCACGUUCCGGUGGUCUUGCAGCAAACACAGGAAUCGUUUCUGGAGGUUUAACUCAGAAGUCUAUCACACUGACACUGCUGGAAACCAGCUGUGAGGAUGCCGGAAUAUACCACUGUUAUGUUUCCUACCAGCUUGGUCCCUUCGACAACCCCGAUGUAAUCAUACUCAAUGAUUACAAAACUUUGACAGUCACAGGUGGACUUCCAGAAAUAAUACUGGAUCCCCACAACCUCUGCAUCUACAAAUCAGUAGUUGGUAGUAUGGAAAUUUCUUGUGGACUUCCUAGGGGCACCGAUGUCACGGCUGUGGAUCUGAUACGUGUUUCGCGAUACACAACCUCACAACCAGGUGUGGAGCAGGGUCUGGCCCUUGCUCAUCAGUCAGGUGCCGGCCACGCAGUGUUGGUUCCUCACGACAGAGGAGGUCUGGCAGCGGACACAGCAUCCGUGUCUGGCAGCGUUGCUGGACGGUCAGUGACACUAACACUGCUACAGGCGGGGUGUCACGAUGAGGGUGUCUACCGCUGCUACAUUUCUUACCAAACCGGCUCUUACAACAACCCACGAAAAGUGAUCAAAGAUACUUAUCGAACUGUAUCUCUAACGGGUCACUUUCCCAUGCCACAGUCAAUAAAGUCUUCUCCUUGUGAACCUGUGACCCAACGGACGCUGAAUAUUCGUAUUGUCUCGUCUCAGUCGUCAGACACAUGGUGGCAUCACUAGCUCGUCUCCUCCGUGUUUGGGACUCUGGUGAGUUGUGAGAUGGGUGAUGGGGAGAGUAGGGACGGGUACAAAGUGACUGUGAAGCCAGUGCUGACUAUAUUAUGGAAGCAUGUCAAAAAGGUAUAAUGAAUUCUAAGAAUAUAUAGAUAUAUUAUAUAAGAAUAAUAUAAGAAUUCUAAGGGAUUACUUUUGAAACUUAACAUAAACAUUUGUUUGAAUCCUUACAAAAAUAAUAAAAAUCCAAAUUGAAAAAAUCACGUAGAUUACAAAGGAUACACACGAAGACGACCAUAGAAAGAUCUUGAAAUAAAAAG